AUGAAAGCAACUCGUGUACUUGGAAUUAUAUUCAAUAAAGCAACUGAAAAUAUUCCACUUUCUUCUUCACUUACUGAUACACUUAUCUCGCUUACUGAAGCACUUCGAGCAAAUAGCAAAGAAACAAAAUUUAGAUUAUAUUUGAUACAAGCUAUUGGAGAAAUUAUGAUAUUUAUUGCCGGACGAACAUCUGAUAAUUCUCUUGUACCUGGUUUUACUUAUCAAAUAAUUAGUCGAUGUCUUAAAGAUGGUGAUGAUUUUGCACUUAAUCAUGCUGCAUGUAAAACAAUUGAAAAUCUUCUACUUGUCGCUGAUAAACAAGCGGAUAAAUUGGCUACACUUGAUAAUGCUCUUGCACUUUGGAAUAUCUCUAGCGUCGUUGGGAAUAAUGAACAUCUACGUGCUUCGGCAUUAGCUGCAUUAUGUCAUAUGGGUUUAUCCUAUCCAGAUGUUGUACAAUCCGUUAUUGAUAAAGUGACUAUCAAAGGCGAUAUACUUCAAUCAACAUCCUCCAAAGUUCUACAAUAUAUUAUAACACUAUUAGCUAUUUUAGCUAAACGAACAAAAAAUCGUUCAAUGCUUUUACAAGAUAUAGUACCAAAAAUGCAUGUACUUUAUGAAAAUACAAAUAUUCUAAUUCGUGCUAAAGCAUAUACGUUAACAUAUGUUUUAUUAUCUACGUAUAAUGAAAGUCUUUAUACAUUAAGUGAUACAAAACUUUUCCAAGCAAUUGAACGUGAUGUUCGUCGUACAUCAGCUGAUCCAGAUGAAAAUGAUUUAUUACAUGAAGCACUUAAUCGUUUAACAACACUUUUAUCAAGUCUUCUUACACGAACAUUAGAUGAACUUUUAUCAUCGACUGAACAAACAAGAAAAACAUCACCAGUUAAAGAUGCAUUUAAAAAAUGGUUACCAUCAUUUCGAUUAAUUUCAACUAUUAUCGGAAAUCCCUGUAUUCGUUCUCGUGUUGUUACAUUGAUGUCAAUCAAAAAAUUAUUUAAACUUUUUUCUAAUAUUAAACUCAUUGCGGAAUUACAUAGCGAAUUAACAAAAGGUGUAUCAUCUUUAACCGAAAUUAUAUCUUAUACAUCUCAAACAUUAGAUGCAUUUGUUCGUGCACGUGAUCUUUUAGCAUUAUUUAGUGAAAUACUUCUUAGUGAUUUACUUCCACUCUGUUCUCAAUUACUUGUAUCAUCAACAAAUGUUGAAGAAUUUUCUCUUCUUGCACUUUGUAUACUCAAUGAAUUAUUAACGGAAUUAAAAUUAACUGAUUGUGUUUUACCUUCACAUAUUCAACGUGAUAUAAAACAGGAAUUACAUCAAACAUUUUUACCAAUUAUUUGUGAUCGACAUAUACUUCGAGAAGAACCUAUUGCAUUACUUAGUUUACGUUUUAUUCAAACAAUAUGGACAUUAAUCGAUCAUACACCGAUUUCAUUAUCGAUUCUUUCACAAUCAAAACUUAUACCAAGUUUAUUUACACUUAUUAUGCAACAUAAAGAUAAACCAACAGGUCCAUUUAUACAAGGUGUUGUAUCUUGUUUGACAACAUUAUCAGAACAACGAGAAAUGAUUCAAACAAUGAUUGAACAAGGUUUAGUAUCGGUUCAAUUACAAUUAAUUCAAGAUCAAUUAAAUUUUUCAAUAACUGAUCGAAUAUCGAUGAAUGUUUUACUUGAAUUAUUAUCAUUACUUGAUCGAGAUCUUACUUAUGUACUUGAUAUUGUGAAACGAGCAUUACAAGUGAAAAAAACUGGCAUAGGUGAAUCUGACUUACCAUCAAUAGCAGAAAAAUUAUUACAAACUCAUAAACCACUUGUAUCACUUGUUGGUCCAAUGAUUAAUUUAUUACCAAAUGAAGAUUCAUCCAUUGCUAAAAUAGCUUUACAUAAUCUAUCGUUAUUAACUCAAUUGAUUGGUAGUGAAGGAAAAGCAGUUCUAACGAAAAAUCAUUGUCAUAUAUUGAGUUCAAUACUUCGAACGACAGAUACAACGAAACAAAAAUUACUUCUUCGUGCUUUGAAACGUUUGAUCAAUGGAGAUAAACGAAGUUUAGAUGUAGCUCGUUCAAAUAAUAAUAAUGAACUUAUUCAAACAUUACAACAAUUAAAAAAGUCAGCAGCGACAGAAGCUGAUGCUGGUCUUAUUUCACAUGUUGAUGAUUUAUUACAUUUACUCAUAAAUUCAUCUAAUGAAACAGGUAUACAAUCACAAUUAACUAGAAUGAUUGUUGUAUCUCAUUAUAAUGAAGAUUUAAAUUGGCUUGAUUUAUUUAUUGGUGAUAAAAUUCCACAUAUUGUUUAUACAAGAUCAUCUGAUCCACUGAUAAGUCAUGGUCUAUCAGUAAAUAAAGGCCGAGAAGCUGUAGUUUAUCUUCGUUAUAUUGUUGAUUUUUAUUCGAAUUUACCAUCAUCAAUCGCUUUUAUUCAUGCACAUCGAACUUCCGUGCUUCAAAAGAAUCCAGACGAUAUUGUCGUUGCAUUACGAGCUUUAAAAUGGAAUAGAUAUAGUUAUAUGCCCUUGACUAGUGCAAUAACUCAAUCUCGUUUUCAACAUAGAGCUCCAGAAUUACAAGCAGCAGUUAAUUAUAAAUUAUGGCGAGAUGUUCUACAAAAAGAACUUGGUCCACCACCAUUAACAGGAAUUCAAACACAUUGUUGCGCAUCAUUUGCGGUUACAAAAGAGGCUAUUCUUAAACAUCCGAAAGUAUUUUAUUCAAACAUAAUAAAUUAUAUUUAUGCCAGUGAAUAUUCCGAUCAAUUAACAGGUAGAACACUUGAAUAUACUUGGCAUAUGAUCUUUGGUCAACCAGCAAUAUUCAAUUUAAAACCAUGUGAUUUAUUUUUUUGCGAUGCAAAUGGAAAAAUUUCUGUUGAAUUAGCGGAAAAAUAUGCAGAGUUUUUAUCUAUUAAUAAAAUUACUGAUAGACAUUUAUUCUGA